AUGACGGUCCGUCAGGCUCACCAGAGAGAGUCAGGGACGGCUUCAGGGGCCAUGCCAUCAGGCGGACUUGUUCCGUUGGCUGUCGUCGAUCGAUCACGCUUAGAUUCCAUGUCUAUGCGUGGUGGUCACUUCAUAAAGGGCAGUCUUGGAGCAUUUGAUGCACCGUUCUUCUCCAUUGGCGCUGCCGAGGCAGAAGCUAUGGACCCUAGCCAACGUUUCAUGCUUGAGACGGUCUAUCGAGCAAUCGAGAACGCUGGUAUCCCGAUUGAACGAAUCGCAGGCACCAAAACUUGCGUAUAUACGGGGUGCUUUAAUAACGACUACGCCAUGUUGCUACCAAAAGAUCCCUUGGCACCGCCGAAAUACGACACUGGUCUCGCAUGCGGAUGCAACGUAAUUUUCAACCCAGAGUUCAUGGCCACCAUGGAUAACCUGGGUUUCUUAUCUAAAGACAGUCGGUGCUUUAGCUUUGAUCAUCGUGCCAAUGGGUACGGUAGAGGUGAAGGCUUCGGCGUCCUUGUAAUAAAGCCUUUGCAGCGUGCCCUUGAUGAUGGCGAUACAAUUCGAGCUGUUAUCAGAUCUUCCUCUUCCAAUCAAGACGGAAAAACACCAAGUCUAACACAACCAAGCAAAGAAGCACAAGAGUCCUUGAUUCGCUUCACAUACAAGAAGGCGGGGCUUGAUAUGGGCUCAACACGAUAUUUCGAGGCUCACGGAACAGGAACUCCCGUAGGGGACCCUCUGGAGACAGGUGCCAUUGGCAGCGUAUUCCGCCAUUAUCGGUCUCCUGAGGAACCGCUUUAUGUAGGAUCGGUAAAGUCCAACAUUGGCCAUCUAGAGGGAGCUAGUGGUGUAGCUGGUGUCAUCAAAGUGAUACUGGCGCUUGAAAGGGGGAUAAUUCCUCCCAAUGCCAACUUCGAGCGACUAAAUCCCAAGAUUGACGCAGAGUUCUUGAACAUCAAGCACGGUCUAAAAGGGAACCACAACACUGUCCCUGAGCCUAUCCAGAGGCACCUUCACGCUUGCCAAAUCGGCUUCGGCCAUGUGAACGGACUCCGUGUGGAAAAUGAAGCCAGUGGCACCGCAGACAGUGCCCAGCCUAACGGCAACGAGCACAUGAACGAAGCGAACAGAGUUGACGCUGUCCACAAUGACGAUACUGUCCAUCACGUCAACGGAUCCAAUAGAGGUAAUAGAAACAAUGAUAUGAAUAACAGCUCACAUCUCACAAAGGCUGGAGCAGACGCGGUACAACAAUCUGAGGAUCCAAUAGAGACACAAGUCCUCGUAUGGUCCGCAGCCGAUGAGAGUGGUAUCGGCCGCCUCAAGGAGAGUUGGGCGCAGUACUUUGACCACCUUUCCACCUCACAAGAGAACAAUAAGACCUAUCUUCGAGACUUAGCUUACACAUUAGCGUAUCGGAGAACACAUUUCCUCUGGCGGACAUUUACGGUGGCCAAGGGCCGUGACAGGAUGCAAGGGCUCACUAGCCAACUAUCUAUUCCUAUAAAAGCAGCGUCAUCGCCGAGCCUCGCGUUCGUAUUCACCGGGCAAGGUGCGCAGUGGUUUGCCAUGGGACGAGAGCUACUUGAGCUUGGAUCUACUAGGCUUGAAAUUGCCUGUGUGAACAGUCCCAAGAACCUGACAAUAUCUGGAGACGCAGCGCAUCUCGAUUGCCUCCAAGCCCUCUUGGACCGCAAUCGCGUGUUCGCUCGCAAACUCAAGGUCACUGUGGCCUACCAUUCGUUUCAGAUGAAGGAAAUUUCCGAGAAUUAUCUUGCCUGCCUCGGUAAUCUCACUAGCCAGCAACCAGACAAGUCGUCUCCAAUCAUGAUAUCCUCCGUGACUGGGUCGUUGAUCGAUCCCCAUAAUCUUUCACGGGGUGAGUAUUGGGUCAAAAACAUGGUGCAACCGGUUCUCUUUACAGAUGCACUAUCGAGGCUCUGCUCUCAGUCAUCAUCUAGUAUCGUGAAGAAACUAGAUGGCCGCCACCAUCGCAUGGUCUCUGUUAACCAUCUCGUGGAGAUUGGCCCUCACGCUGCUCUUCAGGGACCUGUGAGGGACAUUCUUCGAUCGAUCAACCAAGAAAAAAACGUCGCUUACAUUUCAAUACUCCGGCGCAAGGUAUCUGCCAUUCACAGCACGCUCGAGGCCGCUGGCCGGCUACAUUGUGCGGGCUACGCCCUUGACCUUGAUCGUGUUAACCGGCCAAUGGCGGCUGGUAACACAUCAGCCGCCUCGCCAAAAGCACUGUCUACUCUACCUGAAUAUGACUUCAAUCACACAAAGGAAUACUGCCAGGACUGGAAUCCUCUUCAAGCACAAUGGCGGAACAUUAUCUCCAUUGCAGAGCUACCAUGGAUCGAAGAUCACAAGAUUAACGGCGCUAUUUUGUACCCGGCCGCCGGUAUGAUAGUCAAAGCCCUAGAGGCUGCGAAACAGCUCGGCGAGUCAGAAGGCGAGGUCACAGGCUUCGUGCUGAAGAAUAUAAGCUUCCAUUCAGCACUCAACAUCCCCGCGGCGUCCCGAGGCAUCGAGGUCGAUACGUAUCUCAAGCCAAGGAGCAAAUCAGACCCCAAAGAUUCACCUUUAUUUGAUUUCUCCAUCUGCACCUUCGACGGGGACAAGUGGGUUGAAAAUUGCAACGGAUGCAUUCAAGUCCUGUACGCCACGGGGGACGCCGACAUCGAUACCCGUAAGGAACAGAAGGCUUGGCAUGAGAGCCACACGCAGACCUAUCGAGACUGCAUCCGCAAAUGCAGCACCUCAGUUAACGUACGAGGCCUAUACGAUCUCCUCUCCCGCUGUGGUUACGAAAAGGCUAGUAUCGCACAGCACCAUGUCAUUCACCCAACCACAUUUGAUGGCAUCUUUCAGACCAUAUUUGCCGUCUACACGAAGGGCGGUAUUGAAACAAUGUCUACGGCCAUCCCAACAUAUAUUGACAGACUCUGGAUAUCAGCUAUCGGUUUGAGCCACCCUAACUCUGAUUCUGUCCAGGUCCAUGUCCAGACUCAAUGGACGGGGCUUCGUGAAACAUCUUCUAACAUUACCGCAUUUAACACAUCGGGUGAAAAGGUCCUUAUAGAGAUGAAAGGGGUCAGAACGACUAUUAUUGCCUCCGCUGAUGCAUCCGAAGUCUCGGAGCAGAAUGUCCAAGACAGGUGCUAUAACAUUCAAUGGAAGCCUGACCUAGACCUAAACUCCGUUGAUAGUGUCUUAGAUUAUUAUGAGCCUACUGCUACAGAGGAUAAUGAGCCCGUUGCUCAUUACCAUGACCUACAGACCCUGCUUGCAAUGACUAUUAAGGACACGCAUGACAGACUCAAGAGCAAAUCAUCGAUUGCCCUUGCAAACAACUCUCAUAUGCACAAAUAUCUCAAUUGGUUGGAUCAGCAAGCAAAACGGCUUGAACUAUACAAUUCCAGUACCGAUGCUCCAAGCCGGGUGCCUCGUCCUGAAAAUGAAGUACUUGAACUGAGGCUAGUAGAGAUCUUGGAAGGCCAAGUCGAAGUCUCGGAUGUGCUAUCUCGAGACUCAAUCGAAGGCCUCAUCUCUGAGAUGUGCUUCAAGAAACUCGGAAAUUACAUUGAUGCUUAUGUGCACAAGAAACCGGCAGCCAAGUUCCUCCAGUUGGGAAUUGGGUCUACUACCAUGGUUGAUCAGCUUAUGAACGUACUCGUGAAUCAUGAAAAUGGCAGUAAUAGUCCGCGUUACGGUCAAUUUGACUAUGCUGAUGUCUCAUCCUAUAACUCUGACCUCCGUUCUGACGGAAGUCCGGAUAGACGUCCAUACCAAAGAAUGCAACCCAAGGCCCUCGACAUUGAACUUGAUACGCAGGCCCAAGGUUUCGAGGACGGAACUUACGAUGUCAUUAUCUGCUCCAUGAUCUCCUACACCACAUCAGACAUGACGAUGGCAUUGAAGAACUGCCAUAAACUACUUCGGCCUGGAGGCAAGCUUAUUCUGUUAGAAAACAUCAAACCCGGUGCUGUCACCGCAUGCUUCAUAUUUGGUCUUCUAGAAAGUUGGUGGUCUAGCUCGGAAGAGUACCGUCAAGACAGUCCAUGCAUGGAUAAGAGGCAGUGGAAUAAACUUCUUCUCAAGACCGGCUUCUCGGGAAGUGAGAUAGAGCUAGAUGAUUUCAAACAUCCGAUCUGCCACUCAUAUAGCGUCAUAAUCUCAACGAGACUUCCGGAAACGCCUGCAACAACGGCGGCAAAGACUAGUCUCGUCAUCCUCCAUGGCACGGAUCAGGCGCAGCAGGUUCAAGCAGAUGAAAUCAAGAGCGACGCCGAGGCCAAAGGCAUAUCAGCUCAGCUUGCGUCUCUGGACCAAGCCCGGAAUAUCAUACUUAGUCCAGAGACGGUGGUUAUCAGUUUACUAGAGCUUCAUGACCCAGUAUGGCUUAACAUCAGUCCGGAGCUCUUUCAUAUCCUCAAGAAACUCCUGACCUGCUCGCCUCGACUUAUUUGGAGGCGCCAGGCAACUUUUGGAGACGGUAUUCCACUUCGCCUAGACAUUGGCACGCCAGGCCUCCUCAACAGCCUCCAUUUUAUUGAGGACAACGUUGGGAGGUCUGCCGAAUUGAAGCCAUACGAGAUUGAGAUCCAUGUCAUGAGUGCCGGCGUCAGCUUCCGCGACGUCUUGAUCGUCCAGGGCCGGUUGAACCAACGUACCGCUGGCACAGAAUGCGCAGGAAUUGUGACAAGAUGCGGAGAGCACUGUGAAGACCUCGCCGUAGGCACACGUGUAGCUGCCGUGUGUCUCGACAGCUUCAAGAGCUUCGCUCGUGUUGAUUGUCGGUCCGCCGUCCGUAUCCCUAGCAGCAUACCCUUUUCAAUCGCCGCAGCCAUCCCAUUUAACUUUGCGACUUCCUGGUACUCGCUCAAAGAAGUAGCCAAGCUGUGUCCUACAGAGACUGUUCUAAUCCACUCCGGCGCCGGAGCCACAGGGCAAGCUGCCAUCCAAGUAGCUCUUCACCUGGGUGCCGUGGUAUUCACAACCGUUAGCACCGAGAAGAAGAAGCAAUUCCUCGUGGACCGCUAUGGGAUCCCAGCGGAACACAUCUUCUCAAGCCGCGAGACAGCCUUCUGCAGCGGCAUCAAACGACUUACGCGGGGUGUCGGGGCGGACGUCAUCCUCAACGCCCUCUCUGGAGAGGGCUUAGUCGCAUCUUGGGAGUGCAUCGCCCCUUAUGGUCGAUUUAUCGAGCUGGGAAAGAAAAACAUCACUUCUCACAGUAAACUAGCAAUGUCUUCCUUCGAGAAGAACGUCACGUUCAGAGCUGUCGAUGUUCUUGCUAUGAGCUUGGAGCGGCCGCAGGUUGUUCGCAAGGCUAUGGAAGAUAUCUUGCCUCUUGUCGAAAGCGGCUUUCUCCAACCGGCAGAGCCUCUCCAAGUCUAUGGCGUUUCUGAAAUAGAAAAUUCUUUCCGUACCAUGCAGAGCAGAGACAAUAUGGGCAAGGUUGUGGUUGAGUUUAGGUCGGAUGAUACCGUCAAUGUGGUUCGAGACGUAAGGCCAAGCUUCCGAUUCGACACCGAUGCGACAUACAUCAUCGCCGGAGGCCUUGGAGGCCUUGGUCGAAGCGUCUCGCGCUGGUUCGUCGAGCGUGGCGCCCGGCAUCUCAUACUCCUCUCACGAUCCGGUGCCAAGUCCACCGAGGCCCAAGAACUCGUCGCCGAGCUAGCCCGUAGCGGAACUAAAGUAAAGACCCCAGCCUGUGAUAUUGCUGAUCAAAAGGCACUUAGACUUGUGUUGGACGAGUGCCUUAGAGAUAUGCCUGCCGUCCGAGGUUGUAUCCAGUCAUCAAUGGUCCUUCGAGACGGCAUGUUUGAGGGUAUGACUUUUGAGUCGUGGAAGGAGUCGACGCUGCCAAAGAUCCAAGGGUCUUGGAACUUGCAUUCCUUGCUCCCAGAUGGCAUGGACUUUUUUGUGCUCUUCUCCUCCAUCUCCGCCAUCAUCGGCAACAGAGGCCAGUCCAACUACGCCGCGGGCAACACAUUCAAAGACGCCCUCGCGCAGUACCGCAUAUCCAAGGGCGAGCGAGCUGCGUCCAUUAACCUCGGCCUCUUCCUCUCGACUGGCGUCCUCAGCGGAGACAAGUCGUUGCUGGAAAAGUUCCGCGCCAGGUCCUUUUUCAACCCCAUGACCGAGCCACAGCUCUUUGCGUUGCUAGACUACUACUGCAACCCGGCGGAGUCUUAUGCCAACUCCUUGGAUUGCCAGACCAUCGUACACGACGCCGCUGCGGAUCAGCCAAACACGGAUGUUGCGUACUGGCUCACAAGGCCGUUGUUCCGGCAGGUUCUCACCAACAUGUCAAAUGGAGACGCCGGAACAGCUUCCUCGGACGUGGUAAACUUUGAGACGGCGUUCGCCGCUGCAUCAUCUCUCACAGAGGCGAGUGCUGCCGUGACGAAGGCACUCGUGAAGAAGUUAGCCGAUACCCUUUCUCUACCAGUCGAAGAGCUCGACGCUACCCAGCCGAUGCACAGCUACGGCGUGGACUCGCUCGUGGCUGUUGACCUGCGCAGCUGGUUUGCAAAGGAGCUUCAGGUCGACUUUGCCAUCUUUCACAUCCUAGGGAGCACUUCUAUUGCAGGUGUGAGUUCUUUAGCCGCGGCAAGGAGCAAGUAUCGCAAGGCGGAGUGGACGGAGUAG